UAAGUGGAAAAUAACCCGCGGUUUACUUGACUGUACCUCCCCUCCCCUCCCCGAUCCUCUUUCUCCCCUCGGUAGAGCCAGGGCGCGACCGCGCGAAGGAAGCAACGAAAGCCCAAAGCUGGCGCAUCCUUAGCACCCAAGGGAAGAAGAAAGAGGCGAGAGAGCGAGGCGUCCCGGAGGCAGAGCCAAGAGGAUCCAUGGAUCGGCCCCAGGUGGUCAGCGAGAACUAUGCCAAUCCUAUAACAUGCCUCUUCCAUGUGCUCUUCAAGGCGUCGGCACUGGCGUUCUACAUCCUCUUCUCGCUCUUCGUGAAGAGCUUCGUCAUCAUCUUUGUCAUCACUGUGCUCCUCGCUGCGCUCGACUUCUGGGUGGUGAAGAAUGUCAGCGGAAGGAUACUCGUCGGGCUGCGGUGGUGGAAUGAGAUUGACGAUGAUGGCAACAGUGUGUGGAAGUUCGAGUGCCUUGACGGGGAGUCUCUUGCUCGGAUGAACAAAAAGGACUCGUGGCUGUUCUGGUGGACUCUUUACUUGAACGCUGCUGCAUGGAUCAUUCUUGGGAUAUUUUCACUCAUUAGACUUGAAGCUGAUUACCUUCUUGUUGUUGGAGUUUGCUUGACUCUAAGCCUUGCGAACAUCGUGGGAUUCACCAAAUGCAACAAAGAUGCCAAGAAGAACAUCCGAGCUUUUGCUGAAAAUGCCGCUCAAAACGCCAUCACAUCCCGCAUCACAUCAUCCCUGCAGUCAGCAUUCGGUAUCUGAAGUCCAGAUUACAGAGGCCCAAAAUUACAUACAACUGUGUACCAUCUGUCAAAGAAGAUCAGCUUGUGAUAUCCCGUUUUCAUGUGAUUUUGGCUUAUAUACCAAGUAGGUCGAUUUUGAUUGGAGUGACACUAUGAUGGAAUACAGCGUACUAAUUAGCCCUAGGUAAAUUUACACUUUCUCCUGUACUAAAGAGCAUACUUUCUUCUUCUCUUGUACCCUGGUGUGGCCUAGAGGUCCGAAGCAUGUCUUCCAAUACAGAAGGCCUUUUUUGUUUGUGAAAA